ACCAACCUCCUACUACUCAGGCUGAGUCACAGUCACAGUCCUUUAACAGCGUAGAAUUCAAACCAGAAGAGUUAACAGAAGCCUAUGAAAAAGAGCAUUUGCAAGAAAGGCAGGAAGCCGAGGCUCGUUCUGUCCCCGACCAUCAAGAUCGAGUGUGGGAUGACCCUAAAGUCCGGUAUACUCGCCCACCACAAGAUCAAGGACCAAGGUAUGCGCAGGAGCCACAACUGGUAAGACGACCUCCACCCCGAACUGUAGCUGAACCACCGUGGAGGGAACCGCAUCCAGCACCCCGAUCUGUACCCGAACCAUCGAGGGAGCACCCACCUCAAAAAGCCUUUGAGCCUGAGAAACCGAGAGAGGAACCUGUCAGACCUGAACCGGAACCCAGACACAUCCAACCUCAACCGCGUCAUGUACCUGAACCAGCGCAGGAGCAACCACCAUCUCGUCCACCACCCCAAACACCAAGAGAACAACCACCCAUGGAGUAUGCACCUCCUCCACCACAGGAGCGAUCAGCACCUCGUCCAGAGCCUCAUCCACCACGGGAACAACCUUUAAUGGAGUACGCACCUCCUCCACCGCAGGAACGACCUGGGUCACGUCAGGUGCCCCAACAGGAACAAGUUCCACCGAGGUAUGUGCCCGAACCUAUUCGAGAACAACCUUUGCCAAGACAUGCUCCCGAGCCACCGCAGGAACAGCACCCUACA